GGGGCCAUGGCGGAGCUCCAGGCGCGCCUCGAGGCGCUGGAGCGGCGGAUGGAGCGGGCGGAGGCGGCGCUGCGGGAGCGGCCCCUCGCCGCCCUGCGGCUCCGCGGGGUCCCGGUGCUGUUCGAGGAUGUGGCAGUGCGGUUCAGCCGGCAGGAGUGGGCAAGCCUGGACGAGGGACAGAGGGAAAUGUACCGGAGCGUCAUGGAAGGCAACUACGAGAUGCUGGUGUCCCUGUACUGUGCCCUGUCCAAGCCUGAACUGUUGCUACAGCUGGAAAGAGAAGAGCUGAGCACGCCGCUGGAAUCCGAGCCAGAGGCAGCAGAGGUGUCCCCAGAGCUGGCUGUAGAGCCAGCCCGACAGAACUGCACCAGCGAGGAUGCACUGCUGGAGACAGAGACGAUGGAGAGGGGCUGCAGGGAGCCAGAGGAAAGUGGGAAUGUAGCAGAGAAAAGUGGGAACUUGGUAGAGGAAAGCACGAACCUGGUGGAGGAAAGCUGGAGUCUAGUGGAGAUAAGUGGGAACCUGAUAGAGGAAAUCUGGGGCGUGGCAGAGGAAAACAGGAGCCCUGCAGAGGAAAGCAGGAGCCUGGCAGAGGAAAGCAGGAGCCUGGCAGAGGAAAACAGGAACCCAGCAAAGGAAGGUAGGAGCCCAGCAAAGGAAGGUGGGAACCCAGCAGAGGAAAGUGGGAACCCAGCAGAGGAAAGCGGGAACCCAGCAGAGGAAGACGGGAACCCAGCAGAGGAAAGCGGGAACCCAGCAGAGGAAAGUGGGGACCCGAUGGAGGAAAGCAGGAGCCCAGCGGUCCCAGAGAACUGCAGAACACCACCCGUCCCUCUGGAAGGCACUGCUGUCCUGGCGGAUCUCAGCCAGCCGACCCCGUCCCCUCCCCGCCCGCUCUCCGUGCGCUGUCAGGAAGCCGUGGGUCAGAACUGUUCUCCCCCUGCUGCAGGAGAUGCUGAAGCGGGGAUCCCAAUGGAGGUGCCGCAGGAGGAGGUUGCCGCAGAGAAGCCAUCAAUGCCCAAAACGCCCUCCAAGGGUCUGGAAGAGGACAAGGGUCAGGAAGAGGAGGCUGUGAAAGAUUCAGGGAAUACUGGCCAAGAUCCGGUGGCCGACAUUCCUGAAGAACCAGGAAAGGAGGUGACACCAGAUGUGCACGAAACGACAGAACAGGCAGAUCCCAGUCCAGGGGAGCCGGAGAAGGACUCCUGCGUGGGCCGGCCCAUGGCCUGGCAGCGAAAUGCCGCCCGGGAAUUUUACUCCUGCCCCAUCUGCAGGAAAACCUUCCUGCUGAAGAUCAACCUCCUGAUCCACCAGCGUGGCCACAACAACUGGGUGCCCUAUGUCUGCGUCCACUGCAACCGCAAGUUCAUGUCCAAGAAGAAAAUCAGGCGGCAUCUCCGCGCCUGGGCAGCCAACGGGACGUGCCAGCCCUCGGAGCUGGAGGUGUGUCCCAGCCAGGUGCCUUGCCCAGCAUCCCAUCCCCAAACCUGGGCAGCUAAGGGGACGUGCCAAGCCUCAAAGCCAGAGGAGUGUCCUAGUAGGACACCGUGCCCAACAUCCCAGCCCCAAGCCUGGGCACCCAAUGGCACCUGCCAGCCCUUGGAUGCAAAGGCAUGUCCCAGCCAGGGGACACCGUGCCCAACAUCCCAACCCCAAACCUGGGCACCCAAUGGCACCUGCCAGCCCUUGGAUGCAAAGGCAUGUCCCAGCCAGGGGACACCGUGCCCAACAUCCCAACCCCAAACCUGGGCACCCAAUGGCACCUGCCAGCCCUUGGAUGCAAAGGCAUGUCCCAGCCAGGGGACACCGUGCCCAACAUCCCAACCCCAAACCUGGGCACCCAAUGGCACCUGCCAGCCCUUGGAUGCAAAGGCAUGUCCCAGCCAGGGGACACCGUGCCCAACAUCCCAACCCCAAACCUGGGCACCCAAUGGCACCUGCCAGCCCUCGCUUGUGAAGGUGUGUCCCAGCCAGGGGCCAUGCCCGGCAUCCCAGUGCCCAACAUCCCAGCCCCAAACCUGGGCAGCCAAUGGCACCUGCCAGGCCUCGAAGCCGGAGGAGUGUCCCAGCCAGACCCUGUGCCCGUCCUCCCAGCCACAAGCCCCAAACAGGGACUGUGGCACGGUGUGGCAGGAGCCUGGCCCCGCCAGGUGCUCGCUGUCACCUGGAAAAAUGAUGUACACGUGCACCGAGUGCCGGGAAACCUUCUCCAACCAGGUCUUCCUGACGGUGCACCAGCGCCGGCACUCUGGCCACCACCUCAUCCUGUGUCCCUGCUGCAACCGGAGCUUCACCUGGGUCUCGGACUUUGUCCGGCAGCACUGGAUGCACAUGGGCGUCCGGCCCCACCAGUGCGGCAUCUGCCAGAAGACCUUCAAGAGGUUCUCCCACCUCAAGGCGCACCAGAGGAUCCACAGGCGGCAGGAGCGGCCGUUGACCUGCGCCAACCAGGUGCCCAUUGUGGCGGCACCCGCAGCAGGAGACGGGGUGGGAAGCCAGGCUGUGACCCCCAGGGAUGGGGCGCUGCUGUCGGACCUGGAGGUGUCCUCCCGGGAACGGGAGGCCGCUGUUGGAUCUCAGGGUGUGCGCACAGGGGUGGGAAGCUGCUGCUGAAAUUUGAGGUGACCUUCCCAGGAUGUUGCUGGUGGACUUUGAGGUGACCUCCCGGGAUACAGGGUGCUGCUGAUGGACUUUAAGUUGACCUCCCUAGGAUAGGAGGCUGCUGUGUGAUCUUGAGGUGAAGAAUGGGAUGCUGCUGCUGCUGGGCUCUAAGGUGUCCUCUCAGGAAUGGGAUAUGUGAUGAAGUUUGAGGUGUCCUCCCAGGAAUAAGAUGCUGCUUUUGAACCUUGAGGUGACCUCCCAAGAUGGUGCUACUGGACCGUCAAGUGACUCCCAGGGAUGUGAUGCUGCUGCUGGAUUUUGAAGUGACCUCCUGGGGACCGGAGGCCACUGUCAGACCUUCUCCCCUCUAUCCCUCUCCAGAUGGAGGCUGGAGCAUGGACAACAUUUUCUGGCUCCCCUGCUCUGGUGUGGGGAAUGGUGGGGGCACCUGCCCAGCCCAUGUGAGGGGGGCUCCAUGUUCCAAAGCCCUGGUGGGGCGGGUGGGAUGCUGGGAGUGGGUCCCUUUUCUGGAGAGUGCCAAUAAAUGCUGUAGACACCAGGAUGCUGCACGUGGAUUCCUUGAGGGGCCUCUGGGAGGGUCCUGCUGGGUCCGGCUGGGUGGGGCGGCACCAGGAAUGGGAUCCGUGGCAUGGAGUGAUGGAAGAGUGAGAACGGAACACUGGGUGGGGGGUGUCACUGCUGCUGGGGGGCUGCAGUCCCAGUCUGAGGUGGGGAUGGGGUCCAGAUGGGCCUCUGGGAAUGGCACUGGGGGUUGCUGGGCACUGGGGAUUUGAGGGCUGGAGCUGUGGUUCUCAUGCAGGGGUGGGGACGGAUGGGAUGAGGAUGGAAUAGG